UUUUACGCACCGAGUCUGAUAAUGCACGCAGGUACUGGGACCCUAAUCGCCACAUUUCCAGUCGCCACCUUUUGCAACUAAUCACCUCUUAUGGACUAAUAUGAAAGAAGUGGAUGCAGAGGUCUGACACAGCCAAGAUAGGAGGCACAUUUCUUGUGGAUCAUUCUUGUUUUCAAUCACCGAGCGCCAGCAUGGAUGUCUUAGCGAACCACAGUAUCUUUCAGGAACUUCAGCUCGUGCACGACACCGGGUACUUCUCUGCCAUGCCGUCGCUGGAGGAGAACUGGCAGCAGACCUGCCUAGAAUUGGAGCGUUACCUGCAGACGGAGCCCAAGCGUCUCUCAGAGCUUUUCGACCAAGACCUGGAUGGCCUCCUAACUCCAGCCUACCUGAAGGAGGACGGCGAGGAAGAGCUCACAGAAACCCUGCUCCCCAGCCUGCCGAGCCUCCCUGAACCCCCGAGCCCACCUCCAGUCAUCCUCUGCCCAACGCGGAAGAACUUUCCCUCCACUGGUACAAUGAAAAGAGACCUUAAACCUAAGGGUCUGGAUAAUGUAGAAGGCAUGGAAGGGGUCCACCAGGCCCAGCUGAGCGCCGUCACCUCCCUGACGCCCCCAUCAUCGCCAGAACUCGGCCGGCACCUCGUCAAACCCAACCAGACACUGACGGCAUCAGCUGAUGGGACGCUUACCUUGAAGCUGGUGGCCAGGAAGGUGGGGCUUAGCGCAGCCCGGCUGGUGGCGGCACAUUCACUCCCUGUUAGGAUGAGGGACGAAGAGGAGGGGGCGGCGUGUGUUAUCGGGGUGGGGGAGCUACCAGAGAACAAGAAGAGGAUCCACCGUUGUCAAUUCAACGGGUGCAGGAAGGUGUACACCAAGAGCUCUCACCUAAAGGCCCACCAGAGGACACAUACAGGUGAGAAGCCGUACAAGUGCUCGUGGGAGGGCUGUGAGUGGCGAUUCGCCCGGAGCGACGAGCUGACGAGGCACUACCGCAAACACACCGGCGCCAAGCCUUUUAAGUGCAACCACUGUGACAGGUGUUUCUCUCGGUCGGAUCACUUGGCGCUACACAUGAAGAGGCACAUCUGAGGGAUCUGAGAGAGGUCAGCGGGAGUGGAGGAGAGGGGAAGGGGAUGGAGGCGGAGUGGGAGAAGGAGAAGGAGAAUCAUCUGCAGAGAAAUAACACCAUGGAUGUUAGACGAGAUGGACUCAAAAAACACCAGAUUUGCCAUUCUGGACUGGAGAGAGAGGCACCACACAGGGACGCUGACUACAGACUGAAACACAGACAGGCAGACGGAUCCGAAGUGGCUCUGUCAAUCUGUGUUCAACCAGUUGGUCCAUGAUUCCACAGUGACACGUCGUCACCUCACAAAUGUCUCCCGGUGUUGUCGCAUGGAUGAUACAGACGCUCCAUCCCACCCUCCGUAUGUGUCUCAGAGGGGAUGUCACGCGAUGAAUGGUGGACCACGUGCCUGUAGUUGGCAGCUCUUUGUUGUAGUCGUCCUUGCAGUCUUUGCCAUCGUCCCUCAGUGGAACGCUCCCGAAAUGUCAGCUCUGUUCAUGAAGCCGUGCACCAGUGGGCUCGCCGACGCCAAACUGGACCAGUUGUACAGUCAUUUCAGCGUGCCAACAGCAGAACUGCUGUUUUUGUAUAUUCAAGAUUUCCUCUUGUUAGAACGUACCUCGAGCUGAGAACAGUUAGUAGCUAAACGGCAUCAUCUCACAGGGUUAGCAAGCAAGAAAGCUGGCUUUCUCCCCCUCAAACCUGCCACAGCCUUUACAAAUCGCCAAAGGGUUUAUUAUCUUAUAUAUAGGACAGAUAAUAAUUUGUCAAGUUUUCAUCUGACCUCUGUCACUUCUGCCAACUGGACCCAUUUAUAAAUCCUUCUGGUUCGAUGGCAUCGGAGCACUUGUUUGAACGGAGCAUUAGAUUGGAUUUCUCCAAGACUUGAGGAUGGGAGUGUGUUGCACUGAUGUGCUGUGAAGACUGAUUGAGGUCAUCCAGAGGACUGGCUUGCUUUAUGAACACCAUCCAUUGAGCGUUACCACUGGAUGAGGCUAACUAAUCUACUCUGGGAAAGACUGUUCAUCUCCGAGAAUGUCAUCUGAAACCGAGCGUCUCUAGAGAUGCUCCUCAGAGUGCUUUCCCUCUCCAGGAUCUCAGCUCUUGCGAGUUGUCAGGAACUGUUGCACAAUGGACUCGAACUUUUUUUGUAAAAAAGAAAAAAAAAAUGCCCACCAUCUUGAACUGGGAGACAAUUUGGGACUCACCAAACGCUGGCUUUCACGUCAAAGUGCGUACAGCCACAUGCACAAGUCGAAGCAGCUAGCUGACUGCGAUAGCACACCGAACGCAAACAAGAUCACUAUGUAUGAUAAAGGCUAUAUUGUUUUUAAGAAAAGAUUCUCCUAUUUGUUCAAAGCAGACAAUUAAAAAGACCAUUUUGAAGAACACAUUGGAAAUUGAUGCAGCCAAAAACAAAGUGUCUACUGUGGAUGCCUGAAAUGAUCUCUUUGGCCUUUGAGAGUGAUUGGCACCCGAUAAGUCACUGGGUUCAGGAGAGUUUUUGUCCUGUUCACACCACCCUUGCAGAACUCUUCCAAUUUAGCAGCUCUCAGACUCCAUUUCAGAGAAAAGCAGCAUUCAACAGCUCUCCUAAUCGGGCCCUAUGCAUAUCCGAGAACAUUCCUGCUGACUUCCUGACCGUACGUAUGUCUGAAUGCAGAUUGCUGGACACGGAAGGACUCGUAGGAAGACGAAUUCAAUCAAUUGGGUGGCUCUCUUUAGAGCAAAUCAAUGUGAAUGUAUCUGUUGUAAGUCUGUACAUGUUGCUGGGCCCAUGAAAACACUUGGUAAGAUCAUACCAGAACACCAUUUGUGUUUGUAGUCUCUCUUUUUCGCAUUAGAAAUAACUAGCUAGUCACGGCUGGUAGCUUUUGACAUUUUAGUGGUCGUACUGGACCGGCGGGGAGGUCACGAGUGCAGAGUUCCAGUGGGUGGCUGAAAUGGGUUAGUGGAGGAACAUAUCUGCUCAGUCAGCAAAUGAUAACUGCCCCAUCAGCUCAUGAAACUGCAGCGGAGUGAAACCCACACACCAGACACAUACAUAGACUCCUAGAAAACUGGAAUUACCAUUUGUCCUUGGUGAUCUGACUCCUGCUCAACACAACAGGCAUAAAAUCUUUGUCGUUAAUCCACAAAUAGAAAUGAAUUUUGGAUGACACAACUCAAGUGCACACAAAUCAAACAGGCAGCUUGGACGAAAGUAGAUUGUCAGGAUUCUUACGAACGUGAUUGGGAACAACCAUGUCAAGGUGUUUAUUCUUUAUUUUACAAGACUUUUAAUACUUUUGAAGCGCACAGCAGUCUGCUUUUGGCGAGGGAGGCAGUAAAUUGAUUUUACUCUGUAUACCAGAGGCGCAUUUCAAUUUCAGGGUAUGAACGCAGCCCAGCUCAAUCAUAUCUAGACAUGAUCUGUCUGCGGCCCUGGAAUUAGAAGCUCUUGCUUCGCAUAAAUAUUGCACUCUCUGUCUAAACGUGCAAAUAAGCCCAGCUCCCUUUUAUGCUGAACAUCCAAGUGACGGGCCUUUGCUUGCAAAGGCAGGAGGGAGUGACCACAAUAGAAGGUGCCAAGACUUUGUUCCAUUGGCCUAAUAUUUUGAAGCCUCAUUAGUCCGAAAAAUGCCCCAUUGCUCUGAAAUCGCAUUUCCCAUUACUCUCAGUUUCCCAGCAGCAUUUGAACCUCUUAACCUGGGUGUUUUUACCAAAUCCUCACAACAUUUCUUAGUGGCGUUUAAGACACCAGUCACAACUGAUUUUACUGACCUUUUGAGGUGUUUUCCAGCUAUGUUUCCCAGUGUCGUUUGAGCCAUCAAUCCCGAGUGUUUGGCAAGGGAGGCAUUUGAGUCACCAGUCUCAGGUGUUUUUGCCAACCCUUUGUAGCGUUUCUUGGUGACAUCUGAGCCACCAAUCCCAAGUGUUUUUACCAACCCUUCACAGCAUUUUCCAACAGCAUUUGAGCCGCUGAUCCUGAGUGUUUAUUGACCCUUCUAGGCGAUCCUGAGUGUUUUUACCGACCCCUCACAGCAUUUUUUAAUGGCGCUUCAGCCACUGUUUCCAGGUGUCAUUACUUACCCUUAAUGGCAUUUCUCAGUAGCCUUUGAGCCAGGUAUCCAGAGUGUUUUUACCAACCCUUUGUGGCGUUUUUCAGCGACCUUAGAGCACUGAUCCCUGUUGGUUUUACCAACCAUUCGCAGCAUUUCUCAGCGGUGUUUGGGCCACAGAUCCUGGGUGUUUUUACCCACUAGCACAGCAUUUCUCAGCGGGUGUUUUAAGCGACCCUUAGGCAUUGCCCAGUAGCAUUCAAGCCACCAAACCUGGGAGAUUUCACUGCCUGUCCCUGCUUUUCCAGCACCACCAAACAUAUAUGUUUUCAGCCAAAACACGAUCUUUUCCCAACCAUAACCAAGUGGUUUUUGAGCUUAAACGUAACCACACCUUUACCACGACAUUGUGGAGAAAUG